AUGGAAAGCUAUAUAUUGUUCAUUUUAUGGUCAUUCAUCAUCGAUGCUGAAGCUCUCGACAACAUGCUGAUCACCCUCUACACGUGGAUGAGUGUACAUACAUCACGGCAACAUGCGAGGAGGAAAAAGAUCGGACAGCCCGAGAUCGUCAGACCUCAGAACCAGAGGACACACACAACCUCCUCCUCACUCCUAAGCGUCCUGGCCGCCAACAUGUCAAGCAAGCAGGAACCGGGAUGUGAGAAACCACUACCGAAUACCGGUCCGAGGACCAAGAGAACGAAUGAGAUUUCAAAAGAGGACGGCAAAUCAAGGAGUCCCGGUGCAUACGGAACGGGUACGGCCACCAUGACUCCAGCUACUUUCAGGUCCGAGGGUAAACACCUACCCAUCUCACACGAGUGGAUGAUGCCCCUUCCCACCAUUUGGAGAUCUUGUUUCGGGUGGUAUCUGCUGGUGGAGCACGUCGUGGGCCAUCAUGACGCAGCACGUGGGAAAAUCAUCUUCGUGAAAGAGAAGGCUUUGCCCAGACCGUCGCUGUCAUAA